GCCUCAGCCAGUCCGUUGAACGGUAUCUACACCUUCAAGGUCCGCGUCCUUGAAGGCGUCCUCGAUUUUUUUGUCGUCCCGUGUGUCAUUAAAGGAUCGCUGCCGAGAUUUCUAGCUGGAUCUUCCUUUGCACCCGACUCCCUCCUUUGCAUUUUCCCUGCUUCAAAAAUUACGGACGGACGCAUCGCCAUUUUACGAUCAAGUACUCUUUCAACCCUCGCUGAUCGACAGCGUCGGGCAAACAUCAGUUGAGCGGAAGUGAUUGAGGGGGUGAGAUUUAGGUGCAAGACGAAAAAUAAGAAGACGACGACGACGUCGAGGAGAAGAAAUCAUAUCCCCCGAGGAUCAGCAUGAGGUCCUCGCUGGUGCUGCUCCUGGUAGCAGCUUUUGUCCUUGCCGAGGGCUCGACUCGAGUUAAGCGACAAGAAGAGAAGAAGGAGGAGAGUUUUGAAAAUGAGAUCUGCAAGGAUAAAGAUGCCGGCGAGUGGUUCAGAUUGGUCGCCGGCGAGGGUGACAAUUGCCGCGACGUCAUUCAAUGUACGAGUUCCGGUCUACAGGCGAUAAGAUGCCCGGCCGGCCUGUACUUUGACAUCGACAAGCAGACGUGCGAUUGGAAGGACUCUGUCAACAAUUGUAAACUAAAGAACAAGGAGAGAAAGGCCAAGCCCCUGCUCUACACCGAGGAACCGCUUUGCCAAGACGGAUUCCUCGCGUGCGGCGACGGAUCUUGCAUCGAGAGGGGCCUCUUCUGUAACGGCGAGAAGGAUUGCACCGAUGGCUCCGACGAGAAUAUUUGCGACAUGGACAACGAUCCCAAUAGAGCCCCUCCAUGUGAUCCCGCGGUGUGCGUUCUGCCCGAUUGCUUCUGCUCGGAGGACGGCACCACGAUUCCCGGCGAUCUCCCGGGUAAGGACGUGCCGCAAAUGGUCACGAUUACCUUCGACGAUGCCAUCAACAACAAUAACAUCGGUCUCUACAAGGAAAUCUUCAACGGCAAGCGCAAGAACCCGAAUGGCUGCGACAUCAAAGCCACGUUCUUCGUCUCCCAUAAGUACACCAACUACUCCGCGGUCCAGGAGAUGCACAGGAAGGGCCACGAAAUCGCCGUCCACUCCAUCUCGGCAAGGCAUAAUGACGACGAGCGCUUCUGGUCGGACGCGACCGUCGACGAUUGGGCCAAGGAGAUGGCCGGCAUGAGGAUCAUCGCCGAGAAGUUUGCCAAUCUGUCGGACAACAGCGUGGUGGGCGUGAGAGCACCGUAUCUGCGGGUUGGAGGUAACAACCAGUUCACCAUGAUGGAGGAGCAAGCCUUCCUGUACGAUUCCACCAUCACUGCGGCCUUGAACAAUCCCCCAUUGUGGCCGUACACCAUGUACUUCCGGAUGCCGCACCGCUGCCACGGAAAUCUUCAACACUGCCCUACUAGAUCGCACGCUGUGUGGGAAAUGGUGAUGAACGAAUUGGAUCGGCGUGAGGACCCGCAGAACGACGAGUACCUCCCUGGCUGCGCCAUGGUGGAUUCCUGCAGCAACAUUCUGACCGGGGACCAGUUCUACAAUUUCCUCAAUCACAAUUUCGACCGUCACUACGAGCAGAAUCGCGCGCCCCUAGGCCUCUACUUCCACGCUGCCUGGCUGAAGAACAAUCCGGAGUUUCUGGACGCCUUCCUUUACUGGAUCGAUGAGAUCCUGCAGAGCCACACCGAUGUCUACUUCGUGACGAUGACUCAAGUGAUUCAGUGGAUUCAGAAUCCGCGCACCGUCACCGAAUCGAAGAACUUCGAGCCUUGGCGGGAGAAGUGCGUGGUGGAGGGUCCACCAGCGUGUUGGGUGCCUCAUACCUGCAAGCUGACCUCCAAGGAGGUGCCCGGGGAGACCAUUAAUCUCCAGACUUGCGUGCGCUGCCCCAACAAUUAUCCUUGGGUGAACGAUCCAACCGGUGAUGGCUUCUUCUAAGCUGCCGAGGGCGCGAUCCUCUUUCUCGUCCAAGUCAAGUCCCUCCUCUUCUUCCUUCCUCUCUGUUCUCGAUCAUGUAGGUUUUCUUUUCUCCAAUUCUCGAGCUGAAGAAUGCGUCACAAAUCCUAGCGAUUCAAUGCGACGCUGGAUAUCCAUCGAAGCAUCAGUAUCGUCGAAAAUAACGAUACUAGAAGGCACACCAGAGAGAAGAGAAAAUAUCGUCGUUGACCCGUUAGACUCUGGCAACUCCGCUCUAGUUGCCAAUAAUUUUGCUGUUUUAUUGUUGAGAACAAUGUAUCUGUGAUGAUUAAGUUCGGUUCGGUUAAGAACUGGAACACCACGUCUAACGGAUUGAAGACGAAUAAAAUGAAAGGAGGCCUUCUAUCCACUUUGCAUUCUCUUCGACGUUGACGUUCAACUUUAUUUUUAUCAGAUUGAAAAAUAUUAUUGAAAAAAUUAUUGUAAAAAAAGUUUCUCUUUUACGCGUACCUUAUCAGCUGAUAAUUAAAAUUAACAUUCAUACGCCAGCCAAUCUGUGAUAGACUCCCGAGAGAGACGGCGUUCCCGAAGACCUCGAGGCGACGAUGACGAUGACGACAACGAGAUUCGCGCGCAUUCCAUUCGAAAUCGGCAUAAAAGCAAGCAAAACAAAAUGUCGCCCCACCCGAUCCCAUGAGGAGAAAUCGCGGAUCCCCUUCGAUGGCGGCGACUGGGCGAUCCGCGAGUGGGAUUCCGUGUGUAAUAUAAUCUGUGUCCCCCUUCUCAUUCUCUCUUUUCUUUCUCGCACCUCUGAUUUCUCGGCCGAUAUCGAUCUAUCGGUGAAUAUGAGUCUUCCUUUAAUCCUCCCCUCCCCCCCCCCCUCGACGGAAGUAAUAAACGAAGGCCGCCAGAUUAAUUGUUCCCCGAUUCGAAGUGUGCCCUUACUUUUUUAAGGGUUCCGCCGAUCUAUAUGUAUAAAUUUAUAUACGGGGUGUCACUUAAUUGGCGCCCACUAUUUAUUUAGCGAUAUUCCUCGUGGAAAACUGCGUCGAAAAGACCUGAACUAUUUUUUUCUAUAAUGAAAAAAAUUUUAAACCAUUUCUUCUUUAAUCCAUUUUUUUCUUCUAUAAAGCGAAAAACUUUAUUUUGCAUUAAAAAUCAUGUUUCUUCCGUUAAAAGCGUUUCCAUAAAGAAAAUUUCGUCGAGGAGGCCGAAGGUCAAUGCUUAUUGGCGCGCAACUUUACUCAAUAAUUACCGCUUUAUUAAGCGUUAUAGAAAAAAAUGGACUUUUCGACUCAGUCUUCCACGAGGAAUGUCGCUAUAUAAAUAGUGGGCGCCAAUUAAGUGACACCCUGCAUAUUUAUAUAUAUAUGGAAAUUAAAUAUUGUAUAUGUAUAUUUGUAAAAGUAAGUGAUACUACCAACCUAGAGUUCCCUCGAUGUGAACCUUUGAAUAAAAAAUUCUGAGAAAUCUCA